AUGCCUUUUCCCUUUCGAUAUAUAUGCGACCUGCUGCAGACUUUGCACGACGAAACUCGUUCCAAAAGGGCACAGAAACGUCCAGACAAAGCGCUUGUCGAAGAUUGGUUUCACAAACAUCGCAAACUCCUAGAUGAGCCCAGCACAAAUGGCGUUGCGGUUCUCUCCACGCUACUUCCGGGCAACCGCCCAGACCGCGUCUAUGGCAUACAAGUGAACAGGCUGCAAAGUAUUAUUUCACGAGCAAUGGGCUUGGGUAUCUCGCGAUUGAGAGUGCUACAAGAAUACAACACUCUCCCCAGCAGCGACAAAGAUCUAGCAGACUGUGUCGAAGAAUUACUGACAAACACGCCGAACCCUAAGCAAUUAGAGGAGAUUACAGUCGAAGAAAUUGAUGCAGCUCUUCAUCAUGUUGCCUCUGGAUGCAAAUUCAGCUCAAAGGAGGUUCAGGCUUCUCGUAACAAAGAUGGCCAGACAAUAAGCCUUGGCGACUUCUACAAUCGCCUCACUGCCCGCGAUGCCAAGUGGUUCACCCGGCUGGUCCUCAAGGACUUUGCACCCGUUGUGAUGCCCGAGACUGUUGUGAUCAAAGCAUAUGAUUACAGAUUACCCGAGGCUCUAGCUGUCCGCGAGGAUUUUGCAACGGCUAUUUCCUUGAUACGCGAAGGCGGCUUGGCCUCAAGACCAGAGAACUUGAUCAAACUCGGCUGCAAGGUUGCGCGACAACCCUGGUACAAGGCUCACAGUAUCAAGCACUGCGUGGGCAUGAUAGGAACACGCCAAGUGAGCUGCGAGCAGAAGAUUGAUGGCGAAUAUUGCCAGAUUCAUAUUGAUCUGAGCAAACCCCGAAAUCAGGAACUCAAGAUCUACUCCAAAAGUGGAAAGGAAAGCACCAAAGAUCGCAAAAACUUGCAUCCCGCCAUUCGAGCAUCGUUGAAUAUCGGGAAGAAAGCCUGUCCACUCAAGCAAGGGUGCAUCUUGGAAGGUGAGCUGGUGGUGUAUAGUGACAGGGACCGGAAGAUACUCCCUUUUCACAAGAUUCGGAAACACGUAUCGAGAUCUGGUGCGUUCUUGGGAACAGUUGGAGAUUCACAGCGCCAUGAUCAUGAGCAUCUUAUGAUUAUAUACUACGACAUACUAAUGCUGGAUGGUACAUCCUUUCUCGGCAUGCAACAUUCAGAUCGUUUUCAACGGCUUACCAAGCUGAUCACAACCCGCAAAGGCCAUGCUGAGUUGAUUCAGCGACAGAUUAUCGACUUUCGCCGGAAAGACGCGCAAAGACUGCUCUUAGCAGCCUUUGCAAAGUGCAUUGUAGCUCGUGGAGAGGGUUUGGUGCUGAAGCCAGAUGAUCCUUAUUUCACCUUUGGCCGUAAAAAGAAACGCUAUGCAUCGUGUGCCAUCAAGCUCAAGAAGGCAUAUAUCAAAGGUUUCGGUGACGUCGGAGACUUUGCCGUCAUCGGUGCCUCGCACGAUGCUAGAACGGCAAAAAGCUCCAAGAUCGAGAACCUCAAGUAUACGCACUUCUUCCUGGCAUGCUUGGACAAUCCCACUGAAGCGCAGGCGAGAACCCAUAAGCCCAAGUAUAUUGUCACAAAUAUCGUAACUUUGAACGACACACAGUUGAAAUAUUUUCGACAGUACUGCAAUCCUCCCAUGGUACGGCCAGAGGAUCACACAUCCUCAGAGUUCGAUUUUCGAGGCCUCGGAAACGCUGAUCGGCCGACGGUUAUCUUCUCCGAUCCACCCGUCUUCGACAUCUACUGUUUUUCCUUUGAUAAAGCACCCAAUUCGGCCAUGUGGACAAUGAGGUUCCCCCAGGUCAGUAAGAUUCAUCUAGACAGAGACUUUCUAGAUGUUCUUUCUUUCGUUCAGCUGCAGGAAGCUGCCCAUGAUGCUGUGGAAGAGCCCGAAAUGGAAGACAGUCAGGAGAUGCGAUUGUGGCUAGCCAAGCUUGAAGCAACAGACCCCGAGAGAAAAUGUUUGGCCUAUGAUAGCCAGUCCACAGUUUCGACUAUCUCUACAAAUCAAACAGCUUCAGUCGUGGCCUCCACCGAUUCCGAAGCCGAGGGCGAACAGGUACAAGCAAAUCCCGUCGUCAGACCUGAAGACACGCCAGCGGCUGUAGCGCCGCAGCGGGGCUUGAUCACGCCGCCUAGAUCUUCGGCUACUCAUGCAACUGCUGCUACUAAUGUUGGAGCAAGAGGUAGUACGGCCCCAAACACAAGAUCGAGCAGCCGAAAACGGUCUUCAACGGCAGUGGAAGUGACAUCGCCUUCGAAGAAACCAAAGACAAACACGCAAAAUAGAGACAUUCAGACUACCAAAAGGAAGCCACUUGGUGCUAGAGAUGCCAAUGAUUCCCAGAGGUCAACCAGGUCUGGUCGUAGCGUGUCGCCUCCGCUUAGCAUUGGGGAACUGGAGGCGACACCACCGGUGGAAGGGCACUUUCCAUCUUCAGUGACUGGAAGCUUUUAUACCGCAAACGAGCCUCCGUCGUCACCUUCCGGAAGAACUCCACGCAAAGGCAGGAACGCUGUUGGCAACGGAACAAUGUCGAAAGAUGAAUCGCAAGUUGUGGAGAGAUGCCGCCAUGUGGCAAGCAAGAAAAGGUGUGCCUUUAAAGGCUGUGCUUUCCUGCUAUCUCCUUGCAUACGCGAGUAUGCUUGGAUUGAUGAUCUCCUCAAAGGUCACGGCAUCUUUGGUUUUCAGACCAUCCCAGAGGUCUGGGCAAGACAGGCGUCAUCUCGAUCCUCCUCAGCGGCGAGCACGCCGAGAUCUGGUAGCCCAACACCUGGGUCUAUCAACAGUGCCACUAAGCGAAGAGAACAAAGACUCUGCCUGGUUGAUUCAAGAAGGGCUGAUGCAACUCGAGAUUUUAUCAAGGCGAUUGAGGUCGCCGGGUUGACAUGCAGAAAUGGAGAGCGGGAGUGGAUCUCGGUCUAUGACUGGCGGAUUUUGGAAGACAUUACGAGCAUGGAGUCAAGAGCUUACAGGAAAGGGGGACCGGACCCGUGGAGGGCUCGGUAUCUGGGACUGGCAUGA